AUGGACAAUCGCGCAAUUCGCCUCCCGCCUACCACCCGGCGCAACAUUUUCGCCGCCCACACCGCUCAACAACCAGAACAGCGACAACAACCACAUCAACAAGCCCCUCGUCGCCAGAACCAAAACGUACCGUCCAUCCGACCGGAUAGCCGUGAGAUAGAACAGGACAUCUUCAUGCAACCCGCCCAAGAAGAAUUCGUCGAGCGCGAUGCAAUCGGAGAAUAUGUUGUAAAGGCGCCUACGCCAGUGUAUAAAGAUAUGGGUGUGGGGAGUGAGGGGGAUGAAGAGGCUGAACAAGAAAAUGAAAUGAUAAACCUAUACGGCAAAACAAACGCUCAGUGGGAUGCUGUCGCCGUGGAAGAAGAGAUCAGGGCUGCUCUUAAGAGUAGUUUGAAAAAGAAGGUUGCUAGUCUGGAGGAUGAUAGGUGGAUGUUCGAGGGAGGGGGAGAGGGGAGGAAGUAA